UUAUUCCUACGUUGAAACCAUCUCUCCGAUGAAGCCACCUCCUCCUCGUUUCCGUCUCUCUUUGAUAGGACGCUCGGGUCUCAAACAAGCCCGCCAAAUCCACGCCCAUUUGAUCUCCCUCGGCCUCGUCUCCUACACCUACGUCACCAGCCGAGUCCUCGCCCUCUACGCCCUCCAUGACAUGGCCCUUGCCCACCAGCUGUUCGCCCGAAUCCCCCAGCCGACCAUCUUCAACUGGAACACCAUGAUCCGCGGGUUCUCCGACACCGCCCGACCCCACCGUGGUCUCGCCGUCUACGUCGGCAUGCGCCGCCACGACGUCUUUCCCAACAUGCAUACUUUUCCGUUCACGAUCAAGACGUGCACCGGUGUCCCCGUGCUUUCCCAGGUCCACGGGCAGGUUUUUAAGUUCGGGUUCGAUCUCGAUGUCUUCGUUACCAGCUCUCUCGUGAAAAGGUACUCCGAUCUGGGAGCUGUACAACUUGCUUCCAAGGUAUUCGACGAAAGUUCUCACAGAAAUGUAGUUUGUUGGACUAGUCUCGUAACCGGCUACUGCAGUCAUGGCUUGGUGGAUAAAGCCCGCAGCUUGUUCGAUCAUAUGCCCGAGAGAAACGGUGCUUCCUGGAGUGCCAUGAUCACGGGGUACGUGCAGAACGAACGCCACAAAGAGGCCAUCGAGUUGUUCCACGAGUUGAGAGAAUGUUCGGCUGCAGAGCUCAACGACGCUCUUCUUGUCAGUGCUCUGAGCGCUUGUGCGAGUCUGGGCGCUUUGGAGGAGGGGAGAUGGAUCCAUUCACACAUAGACGCAAAGGGAUUGACGCACUACGGGCUCGAGCUUGGGACUGCACUGGUGGAUUUCUACGCAAAAUGUGGCUUCGUCGACGGCGCGAGAGAGGUCUUCGACAAGAUGCCACGCAAGGAUGUGACAGCUUGGAGUGCGAUGAUCAUGGGACUAGCUCUCAACGGGCACAGCCGUCCCGCCAUCAGCGUCUUCUCGGAAAUGCUAAAGCAAGGCGUGGCGCCGAACGCGAUCACCUUCAUCGGAGUCCUGGCCGCUUGUAAUCACGGAGGCCUGGUCGACGAAGGGCGGGCUCAUUUCGAGAGCAUGGUUUCGGCAUACGACGUACGCCCCACGAUCGAGCACUACGGAUGCAUGGUGGAUUUGCUGAGCAGGGCCGGCCACACUGCAGAGGCCGAGGGGCUGAUUGAGUCCAUGCCAAUGGAGCCGGACGGGGUGAUAUGGGGAGCUCUGCUGAACGGAUGCAGGAUGCACGGCCAUUUCAAGCGGGGGGAGCGGGCGGGGAGGCGGGUGAUCGAGCUGGAGCCCGCGCAUUUCGGGAGGUACGUCGGGCUGGCCAAUGUGUAUGCAUCCAUGAAGAGGUGGGAUGGUGUGGCGGAGCUGCGAACGGCAAUGAGGAAGAGGCAGGUGACCACCACGCCUGGGUGGAGUUCGAUUGGCCAUCUUGACGACAAAACCCACCGACAGAAAGAGACUCAAAGAUAGGUCGCUCUCCAUCACUCCGCCCGCGGAGGACUUAGUGUGGCAUCUUGCGAAGCUGAGCACGUCUCUGUGCUGUGCAGUUCCCGCUCGGCCCACCUGAUCUCCUCCUUCCGCGUAUUCAGGACGGAACGCUGCAGGUGAAGCUAUAUGCAUUUAAAAGAGAGCACGUCUCACAAGGAAGAUGGAGGAAGAAUCAAAGACAUCAGUUUCGUUGAUGCAGUAGACCGAGCUUAAAAUUUUAUACUCUUCCAAAGAAGGUCAAGAUGCAUCAUGUUAAGCCACAAAGAGUCAACGAGGGGAGAAUGGAAAUCAUGCCAACUUCAACAGCCACCAUCAUCACUCCUGGUAUCCACUACUCCUUUAUGAAAUUGUUGGAUGCAGGAUCGAAUGAUCUUCCUUUAAGUAUUAAGAACUGCAGCAUUGCUAUUUUGUAUUUGCAAAUAGUAUAUGCUCUUAUAUACUGAUCAAUUGCAUAUCAUAUGCUUCACAUAUUGUUUUCGCACUUAAGUCGACUAUGCCGUAGAUGUUUCAGGAUAGCCUGCAUCACACAGCUUUUGCUUACCUAACUGAAGCCUGCAUCCUGGCUCAAGUGCCAGGACUCGGACCUGACUUCAACUAAGUAUAUUGUUCUUUAAGAUAUUAUCUAUUAUGAUCUUUUUAAUUACUCAUUUUAUCAAAUUAUAAGUGUGCAUGCCAUUUGAAAUUUAUAGAUUAUAUUGUUCCUAGAAAACUACUUUAUAUCAAAUUGAUUAUUUUGGAGUUAGAAUUGGAGCAGAAAGUCAGUCGUCCCAUUUCUAGAAUGUUAGUAUUUCUUCGAUAGGUCAUCAUGCAAUUUGCAGAAAAUGUCCGUGGUAGCAGAUUUUUUGGAAUAAUACAUUUUUGACCGUCAACACACUAGUGGUGUAUCUUAAUCAAGUACUUGACAAGUAUAUUAUGAUUAAGGCACAAUGUGCACAGCCAAGAGAUUGUAGUCCUUUAAGCAUCAAGUACUUAUUGUAUGUGAUUUGGCAUAGCAAUUCAGUAAAUCGUAUAAAAGAUUCUUGGAUGCUGUGGUUUUUUUUUGUUCCUUUCUUUGUGGGCGUACAUGAUGUAUGCAUGUGUAUUUGUUUGAGCAAUGUCAAUUGAAAUGGUACACUUGCUUACUUGCAAAUGCACUGAAACUAGCAUAUGCAUGUCACUUUUAACAUUUUACUACCGUGAUAGAUAGUAUCAGAAGAACCGGUGUAAUAUCGAAUAAGAUGAGGAUUCGAGUGAACUAGGUUGGGCUAGAGGCACAUUAUAAUGUUGAGCCAUUGGAUUAGACCUCACAUAGAGCUUAAUUUUGGAUUUUGUUGAUCCUUGAUGAGAAUAUUAAACUUUUAAGAGGGAGUUUUUAAAUUUAAUUUAGCCUUAAGUAUUUUAAUUAGUGGUUCAGAUUAAAUAGUUUAAUUGUUUCGGAUCGAAACUCAUUGUCAACUAAUGUCCUAUCAAUAGCAAUUAUUAUAUCUUAUCAUUUGUUGCUAUGACAUGUUUGCAAUCUGUUACCUAAUGUCAAUAUUCAAAAUAAUUAUUGUGUGAUGGAGAUCAAAUAUCAGGUCUUAUAUGUAGCGGGAUGUUGCUAUUAUGGUCCUUCAAAGCCUUGACUCGAGUUGAUGUAGACCAGUUGUUUAAGCGUAUCCUAUAAAUUUAAUCAUCAAUCUCAGUUUAUUCCUCAGAAUUUUAUUUAUGGAGAUUUGCAAAAUUAACUAUUUCUUUAAUGUUCUUACUUACUACAGUUGUUUAAGCAUAUCCU